AUGGCUUUAGCUCAAUCUUUGGCUACAUUGUCGUUGGCUAAUUCCGCUGAAAACGACAAAGCUUUACAAACGAAAACCUUGGUUUUCAAGCCGAAAACCGCCAAGACGGCCACCCCCGUCCCCGUUUUGGUGCUUGCCUUGCAAUCGACGUCUACUCCCGGUGCGGUAAUUGCCAAAUCGGCAAAUGUCAAGGAGCCUAGAUUGGCCAAGGACGAUCUCGUCCAGGAGUUUUUCAAGACGUCCACAAAAGAAGUCUCCAUCGCCAAUUUGGACAAGGGUUUAGCAGGGAAGAUCAAGAUUCUCUUGGACUCCAAUGUGCAAGAGGCGGCUGAGAACGACGCGGUUUUGAAAUUGUCGACGGAAACUGCUUCUACUUGUCUUCCUGCAAAGGCCGUGUUGCAAUUUUUGGAAGCAACUGGCAUUGAAACUAUUGUUACUGAUUUCAGUGCUGAGCCAGCCGCAACAGCAGCGGCAGCAGCAGCAGAGAAGAAGGCCGCUCCUCAAAAGGUUGACGGCAAAAUCGACGAUGCCAAGUUGAUCGGUAUAACAGUUGACAAGGAAAAGGAUUUCUCCAACUGGUAUGUCCAAGUCGUGGUCAAGAGUGAGAUGUUGGACUACUACGAUGUCUCGGGCUGCUACAUCCUCAGACCCAACUCCUAUGCCGUGUGGGAAACCAUCCAGGACUACUUCAACGUUAGAAUCAAGUCCUUGGGGGUGCAAAAUGCCUACUUCCCAAUGUUUGUUUCGCAAAGAGUGUUGGAGAAGGAAAAGGACCAUAUCGAGGGAUUUGCUCCUGAAGUCGCGUGGGUCACGAGAGCUGGUAGUUCCGAAUUGGAAGAACACAUUGCCAUCCGACCAACGUCGGAAACGGUAAUGUACCCCUACUAUGCGAAAUGGAUCCGUUCCCAUCGUGAUUUGCCCAUCAAAUUGAACCAGUGGAACUCGGUUGUGCGUUGGGAGUUUAAACACCCUCAACCAUUUUUAAGAACAAGAGAGUUCUUGUGGCAGGAGGGCCACACGGCCCACUUGACCAAGGAAGAUGCUGCAGAAGAGGUUUUACAAAUAUUGGACUACUACGCGGGCGUUUACGAAGAGUUGUUGGCCGUUCCUGUCAUCAAGGGUAAAAAGACUGAAAACGAAAAGUUUGCCGGUGGUGACUACACAACAACCGUUGAAGGGUUCAUUCCAGCCACUGGUAGAGGUAUCCAAGGUGGAACUUCACACCACUUGGGUCAAAAUUUCUCCAAGAUGUUCAACAUGUCUGUUGAAAACCCCGAAGGAGCCGAUAAGGAACGCAUUUACGCUUAUCAAAACUCGUGGGGUUUGUCCACUCGUGUCAUUGGUGUUAUGGUGAUGACACACUCGGACAAUAGAGGUUUAGUCUUGCCUCCAAGAGUCGCUCAAACGCAAGCCGUUGUCAUUCCCGUGGGGAUCACGGCCAAGACUACUCCAGAACAAAGGAAACAAAUCAACGAUGGUUCGCAGGAGAUUGAGAGCAGGUUAAAGAAGGCGGGGGUCAGAGCCACCGGUGAUUACAGAGAUUCAUAUAACCCUGGUUGGAAGUUUGCCGAUUGGGAGUUGAAAGGUGUUCCACUUCGUUUAGAGUUUGGCCCCAAAGAUUUGGAAUCUGAACAAGUCACCGCAGUUCGAAGAAACGAUGGCAAGAAAUACACCGUGAAAUUAUCAGAGUUGGAGACUCGUGUGGCUGCAAUUUUGGAAGAAAUCCAAAAUGAUUUAUACCUAAAGGCAAAGAAAGAGUUUGACGAGCGCCGUGUUAUUGUUGACGAGUGGAAAUAUUUCAUCCCCACUUUGAACAAAAAGAAUGUCAUAUUGGCUCCAUGGUGUGGCGAUGCCGAUUGUGAAGACGAUAUCAAGGACUCCUCGGCCAAGAAUGAAGAUGGCGACGAUGGGGAUGUGGAUGAAAAGGCGCCAUCAAUGGGAGCCAAGUCCUUGUGUAUUCCAUUUGAACAACCUGAGUUGAAAGAAGGGCAGAAAUGUGUGAAAUGUGACAGGAAAGCCGUCAAUUACUGUAUGUUUGGUAGAUCAUAUUAG